UUAAUGCCUGCGUUAAAUAAAUCUACGGAACAACAUACACCAUCGACUAGUAUUUUAAAGCGAUUGUUGUGGAGGCUUGAUUGCACCCCUCUACUCGAAGCUACCCGACGUUGAAGAGCUGUCUGGGCAUACAGCGUGUUCUGGACCUGUGAAGUGAGAAUGGACCCGCGGAAAGUGCAUGAGUUGAAGGCCUUCGUGAAGUUGUGCGACGAAAAUCCCUCCAUAUUGCACCUUACCGAGCUCGGCUUCCUCCGGGCCUGGUUGCAAGGAAUGGGAGCUACAAUUCCACAAGCCCCCCAAAAUGACUCCUCGUGCAAGGGUGGGUGUCCAUGUGCUGGCGCUCCUCCCCCUGCCUCUGCUCCUGAGCACCAUGCCCCCUCUGAGAGUGAGGAGAGUGAACUAGAGAUUGACCAAGAUGGGGUGAUUGAGCCAGACACAGACGAACCUCAGGAGAUGGGAGACUUUGAAAAUCUGGAGGUGACAGAGGAAAUGAUGGACCAGGCCAACGAGAAGAAGAUGGAAGCUAUCGAAGCGUUAGGAGAAGGUGACUUGCAGAAAUCCCUGGACCUCUUCACUGAAGCCAUCAAACUCAAUCCACGGGUAGCUAUCAUGUAUGCCAAGAGGGCUAGCGUCUACAUCCGGAUGCAGAAACCCAAUGCAGCUAAGCGGGACUGCGACAGAGCCAUUGACAUCAACCCAGAUUCUGCACAGCCCUACAAGUGGAGGGGGAAAGCUCACAAGUUGCUGGGGCACUGGGAGGAGGCAGCUAAGGACCUGGCCACUGCCUGCAAACUGGACUACGAUGAGGACGCCAGCGCUAUGCUGAAAGAGGUCCAGCCCAAGGCUAACAAAAUCAUUGAGCACCGGCGCAAGUAUGAGCGCAAGAGGGAGGAGCGAGAGAUCAAGGACAGGAAGGAGAGGGUAAAGAAAGCGAGGGAAGAGCAUGAGAAAGCUCAGAGGGAGGAGGAGGCUAGACAAGCAGCAGGAGGAGGUGGCUUCCCAGGUUUCCCAGGUGCUGGCGGUUUCCCAGGGGGUGCUGGCGGUUUCCCAGGGGGUGCUGGCGGUUUCCCAGGGGGGGCUGGCGGCUUCCCAGGGGGGGCUGGCGGCUUCCCAGGGGGGGCUGGAGGCUCUCCUUUCGGCAUGCCUGGUCUGGGAGAGCUCUUUAACGACCCAGAGGUGCUCAACGCCAUGAAGGACCCUGAGGUGAUGGCAGCUUUCCAGGAUGUGGCUCAGAACCCAGCUAACAUCGCCAAGUACCAGGGUAACCCCAAGGUCAUGGCCCUCAUCACCAAGCUGAGCGCCAAGUUCGGGAGCCCUUCGCCCUAGAGGAGAGGUGAAGAAAAAAGAGGGGCGAUUUAAAAAGAGGGGAGCGGGAAGAAGAACGAGUGGCGGGAGAGUAACAAAUGGAUGUCGUCAGGUGUUGGGAGAGCUAAAAAGCUUAUUUGAGAUUAUUCCACUGUGUAUGGAUCAAAUGGGUAAUGUUGAUUGGCAUAUGGGUAAAGAG